AAAUAGCUUUAAUUUUCUCAUGCUGGGAAAAAUUCCCUAAGGGCUUGGCUAUGCAAAUCUUCUGUUAAUCUAGCUAUAUUCCCAUUCUUGGUGUGCUUUUUUUUUUUUUUUUUUUUUUUUUAAUUUAAAGUUUGAUCUACUUGUGUACACACACGAGCUUACAUUUUGGGGGGGGGGUGGGAAUGCAGGAGCUUCUCCAUGUGGGUUUGGGCGUUGGAGUUAGGCCUUUAAUCUUCAUGGCAGGCCCCCUCUACUGGCUGGCCGUCUAACUCACAUGCCCCUGAGCUUUCUAUUUUAUUAUUUCAUUCUUACAGUCUAGGGGCAGGGUCACUGUUUUACCAUCCAUGUCUCCUGUCCCCCACCCCAGUGCUGGGCUUCCAACUCUGGUUCCCGAAUGCUAGGCAAGCACUACUGAGAUACAUUCUCCACACCCUUUGUCCUUUGAGGCAGCAUCUCUGUCCCAGGCUGCCCUCAGUCUGUCCUCAGGAUCCCUGGUUGGUGCUGUUGGGCCACAUUACAUUUCAUGUGGAAAUCUCAGGUUCUUUUCUGCGGCACUUUUCUAUUCCAGAAUGGGCUCACAGUUGUCUGUUAGAAAGGUGCAGUUUCUGGUUUGUUUGUUUGUUUGUUUGUUUGGAGAUAGGAUCUUAUAAUGAAGCCCUGUGUGGCCUGGCAAUCCAUCGGCCUCUCCCUCCUGAGUGUUGGGAUUAAAGGCAUGUUACCUGGCCAAGGACAGGUUCUUACAUGUACCUAUGUCUAAUUGGUGUCCACAAAGUUGUAGAGAGUGAAUCCGGUCACACAAGCCUCUCAGCCCACCAAUGAAGCCCUGGCUAGCUGUCUUAGCUGGCUUACUGGAGGGACAGCUGUACAAGGCCAGGUCUUGGCAGUGGGAUGAGGCUGUCAGGCAGGUCAGAGGUCACUCCUGGUAACUGCUACAGCCUCUGAUAGUGCUUCUCCACCCUCCCUUCAGAAUUUGGGAUUCAGCACCCGCUGAUGAGAGAGGGAAUGAGUGACAGGCCAACUGACCAAUGGGGCCCAGAGGAUGGGCUGGGGUGGGGCUUGUGCUGCCACGGAGAGGAGGGUAGCCUGUCUGAGAUGAAGGGAAGAAGGAAGGAGACCUGGAGACAAUAAACAAAGAAAGGGGUCAUGGGGGAAAGAGUACACUGGUUUCUUUAGGCUCUGCAGAGGUUGGGCCGGGGAAGGGAUUGGGGACAGAUGGGAACCUAGGCUGGUUCAAGCAGGCCCAGGUAGGCAUGCCCUAAAUGGCACUGUUUGAAGAGCUGGCCAAUUGCAGAACAGCCUUAGUCUCAGACCCCUCAGACCCCAGCCUUAGCACCAUCCUCCUGUUCGGUCCAGGGAGCAGGCAUCAGGGGCAUUGAUCCCAUCAAGCCAAAUGGAACCAAGUUCUGAGCCGCACAGUUUGGAAACAAUGAAGGGAGACAGCAGACAUCUGAAUGAAGAAGAGGGUGCCAGCGGGUAUGAGGAGUGCAUUAUCGUUAAUGGGAACUUCAGUGACCAGUCCUCAGACACGAAGGAUGCUCCCUCACCCCCAGUCUUGGAGGCAAUCUGCACAGAGCCAGUCUGCACACCAGAGACCAGAGGCCGCAGGUCAAGCUCCCGGCUGUCUAAGAGGGAGGUCUCCAGCCUUCUGAAUUACACGCAGGACAUGACAGGAGAUGGAGACAGAGAUGAUGAAGUAGAUGAUGGGAAUGGCUCUGAUAUUCUAAUGCCAAAGCUCACCCGUGAGACCAAGGACACCAGGACGCGCUCUGAAAGCCCGGCUGUCCGAACCCGACAUAGCAAUGGGACCUCCAGCUUGGAGAGGCAAAGAGCCUCCCCCAGAAUCACCCGAGGUCGGCAGGGCCGCCACCAUGUGCAGGAGUACCCUGUGGAGUUUCCGGCUACCAGGUCUCGGAGACGUCGAGCAUCAUCUUCAGCAAGCACGCCAUGGUCAUCCCCUGCCAGCGUCGACUUCAUGGAAGAAGUGACACCUAAGAGCGUCAGUACCCCAUCAGUUGACUUGAGCCAGGAUGGAGAUCAGGAGGGUAUGGAUACCACACAGGUGGAUGCAGAGAGCAGAGAUGGAGACAGCACAGAGUAUCAGGAUGAUAAAGAGUUUGGAAUAGGUGACCUCGUGUGGGGAAAGAUCAAGGGCUUCUCCUGGUGGCCUGCCAUGGUGGUGUCCUGGAAAGCCACCUCCAAGCGACAGGCCAUGCCCGGAAUGCGCUGGGUACAGUGGUUUGGUGAUGGCAAGUUUUCUGAGAUCUCUGCUGACAAACUGGUGGCUCUGGGGCUGUUCAGCCAGCACUUUAAUCUGGCUACCUUCAAUAAGCUGGUUUCUUAUAGGAAGGCCAUGUACCACACUCUGGAGAAAGCCAGGGUUCGAGCUGGCAAGACCUUCUCCAGCAGUCCUGGAGAGUCACUGGAGGACCAGCUGAAGCCCAUGCUGGAGUGGGCCCACGGUGGCUUCAAGCCUACUGGGAUCGAGGGCCUCAAACCCAACAAGAAGCAACCAGUGGUUAAUAAGUCGAAGGUGCGUCGUUCAGACAGUAGGAACUUAGAACCCAGGAGACGCGAGAACAAAAGUCGAAGACGCACAACCAAUGACUCUGCUGCUUCUGAGUCCCCCCCACCCAAGCGCCUCAAGACAAAUAGCUAUGGCGGGAAGGACCGAGGGGAGGAUGAGGAGAGCCGAGAACGGAUGGCUUCUGAAGUCACCAACAACAAGGGCAAUCUGGAAGACCGCUGUUUGUCCUGUGGAAAGAAGAACCCUGUGUCCUUCCACCCCCUCUUUGAGGGUGGGCUCUGUCAGAGUUGCCGGGAUCGCUUCCUAGAGCUCUUCUACAUGUAUGAUGAGGACGGCUAUCAGUCCUACUGCACCGUGUGCUGUGAGGGCCGUGAACUGCUGCUGUGCAGUAACACAAGCUGCUGCAGAUGCUUCUGUGUGGAGUGUCUGGAGGUGCUGGUGGGCGCAGGCACAGCUGAGGAUGCCAAGCUGCAGGAACCCUGGAGCUGCUAUAUGUGCCUCCCUCAGCGCUGCCAUGGGGUCCUCCGACGCAGGAAAGAUUGGAACAUGCGCCUGCAAGACUUCUUCACUACUGAUCCUGACCUGGAAGAAUUUCAGGAGCCACCCAAGUUGUACCCAGCAAUUCCUGCAGCCAAAAGGAGGCCCAUUAGAGUCCUGUCUCUGUUUGAUGGAAUUGCAACGGGGUACUUGGUGCUCAAGGAGUUGGGUAUUAAAGUGGAAAAGUACAUUGCCUCCGAAGUCUGUGCAGAGUCCAUCGCUGUGGGAACUGUUAAGCAUGAAGGCCAGAUCAAAUAUGUCAAUGACGUCCGGAAAAUCACCAAGAAAAAUAUUGAAGAGUGGGGCCCGUUCGACUUGGUGAUUGGUGGAAGCCCAUGCAAUGAUCUCUCUAACGUCAAUCCUGCCCGCAAAGGUUUAUAUGAGGGCACAGGAAGGCUCUUCUUCGAGUUUUACCACUUGCUGAAUUAUACCCGCCCCAAGGAGGGCGACAACCGUCCAUUCUUCUGGAUGUUCGAGAAUGUUGUGGCCAUGAAAGUGAAUGACAAGAAAGACAUCUCAAGAUUCCUGGCAUGUAACCCAGUGAUGAUCGAUGCCAUCAAGGUGUCUGCUGCUCACAGGGCCCGGUACUUCUGGGGUAACCUACCCGGAAUGAACAGGCCCGUGAUGGCUUCAAAGAAUGAUAAGCUCGAGCUGCAGGACUGCCUGGAGUUCAGUAGGACAGCAAAGUUAAAGAAAGUGCAGACAAUAACCACCAAGUCGAACUCCAUCAGACAGGGCAAAAACCAGCUUUUCCCUGUAGUCAUGAAUGGCAAGGACGACGUUUUGUGGUGCACUGAGCUCGAAAGGAUCUUCGGCUUCCCUGCUCACUACACGGACGUGUCCAACAUGGGCCGCGGCGCCCGUCAGAAGCUGCUGGGCAGGUCCUGGAGUGUACCGGUCAUCAGACACCUGUUUGCCCCCUUGAAGGACUACUUUGCCUGUGAAUAGUUCUACCCAGGACUGGGGAGCUCUCGGUCAGAGCCAGUGCCCAGAGUCACCCCUCCCUGAAGGCACCUCACCUGUCCCCUUUUUAGCUCACCUGUGUGGGGCCUCACAUCACUGUACCUCAGCUUUCUCCUGCUCAGUGGGAGCAGAGCCUCCUGGCCCUUGCAGGGGAGCCCCGGUGCUCCCUCCGUGUGCACAGCUCAGACCUGGCUGCUUAGAGUAGCCCGGCAUGGUGCUCAUGUUCUCUUACCCUGAAACUUUAAAACUUGAAGUAGGUAGUAAGAUGGCUUUCUUUUACCCUCCUGAGUUUAUCACUCAGAAGUGAUGGCUAAGAUACCAAAAAAACAAACAAAAACAGAAACAAAAAACAAAAAAAAAACCUCAACAGCUCUCUUAGUACUCAGGUUCAUGCUGCAAAAUCACUUGAGAUUUUGUUUUUAAGUAACCCGUGCUCCACAUUUGCUGGAGGAUGCUAUUGUGAAUGUGGGCUCAGAUGAGCAAGGUCAAGGGGCCAAAAAAAAUUCCCCCUCUCCCCCCAGGAGUAUUUGAAGAUGAUGUUUAUGGUUUAAGUCUUCCUGGCACCUUCCCCUUGCUUUGGUACAAGGGCUGAAGUCCUGUUGGUCUUGUAGCAUUUCCCAGGAUGAUGAUGUCAGCAGGGAUGACAUCAUCACCUUUAGGGCUUUUCCCUGGCAGGGGCCCAUGUGGCUAGUCCUCACGAAGACUGGAGUAGAAUGUUUGGAGCUCAGGAAGGGUGGGUGGAGUGGCCCUCUUCCAGGUGUGAGGGAUACGAAGGAGGAAGCUUAGGGAAAUCCAUUCCCCACUCCCUCUUGCCAAAUGAGGGGCCCAGUCCCCAACAGCUCAGGUCCCCAGAACCCCCUAGUUCCUCAUGAGAAGCUAGGACCAGAAGCACAUCGUUCCCCUUAUCUGAGCAGUGUUUGGGGAACUACAGUGAAAACCUUCUGGAGAUGUUAAAAGCUUUUUACCCCACGAUAGAUUGUGUUUUUAAGGGGUGCUUUUUUUAGGGGCAUCACUGGAGAUAAGAAAGCUGCAUUUCAGAAAUGCCAUCGUAAUGGUUUUUAAACACCUUUUACCUAAUUACAGGUGCUAUUUUAUAGAAGCAGACAACACUUCUUUUUAUGACUCUCAGACUUCUAUUUUCAUGUUACCAUUUUUUUUGUAACUCGCAAGGUGUGGGCUUUUGUAACUUCACAGGUGUGGGGAGAGACUGCCUUGUUUCAACAGUUUGUCUCCACUGGUUUCUAAUUUUUAGGUGCAAAGAUGACAGAUGCCCAGAGUUUACCUUUCUGGUUGAUUAAAGUUGUAUUUCUCUAUAA